AUGGGUUACCACGAACUUAAGUUAUACCAAUCAUCACUAGAAAAAUAUGGCGCCUCUUUCAAUUACUACUUAAAGGAGAACUGGAAGAGAUAUUUAGAUUAUUGCUUCAUACUUUGGCAAGAUAGCAUGGAUCAACUCCUUGAUUUUAAAAGAAUGCUCAACAACAUACACAGCAAUAUACAAUUAACUAUGGAACACAACAACGCGGUGCUGAAAGGGGUGAACUUGGCCCUGAAAUGGGGGCUGCGCACAAUUGAAAUCCGGACAGAUACGGCCACUGUGCUUGGCUGGGUAGGAUCGGUGAUCACCGGUGAAAGGAGAGUGCGGACGAAAGGUGCCGCGGAGAUGUUAGUGAAGUGCCUUCUAGGAGUUCUAGGUGAAUUGAUCGCCGAGUUCGGACUGAAGCUGAAUGUGGUUUUCGUGCCUUCGGAGAAAAACAGGGCGGAUGCACUGACCAGGGUGAAAAAAGCGUGGUUGGAAGAACCGGAGGAGGCCCGGAAAGGGAUAGCUGCGGCGUGUUGGUUGGAUGACUCCGAACUGAAGCGACUGCACGCUAUGCAUCACCUGGGUGUGGACAGGACCCUGUAUCUGGCGAAGGAAAUUGAUGCUGACGUCACUAGGAGAAGCAUCAGGAAGGUGGUCGGGAGCUGCGACAGGUAUCAGUCCAUCGACCCUGCUCCGUGUGGGAAUGAACAGGGAAGCCUUUCGGUGGUGCAGAACUGGAAAAGGCUACCUGUGGAUGUGACACACUACCGUCAGGGAAUGUACCUCUCCAUGGUCGAUUGCGGGCCAGGUCGGCUGGCCAUUUGGAGGGAGUUAAGAAUGGGCAUUACUGACGAAAUCGCGCAGAUCCUGAACGGGAUAUUUUUAGAGAGAGGUCCCGUGGAAGAACUACUGAUGGACAACGGGGCGGCGUUUCGUUCGGAAGUAUUGAGGGUUAUGCUUGAUCGGUGGAAUGUGUGUCGCUUGUUCAGAGCAGCGUAUAGGCCGAGCGGUAACGGGAUCGUGGAGAGGCACCACCGGACAGUCAAGGUCAUAGCGGAAAGAAG